UCUGUUCGUAGGACUCGCUAAUAGUCAGGUGUCACCAAUCUCUAUGGUCCUGGGCGGCGCUCUGCCCAGUUAUCCCCGUAUCGGUGGUUGUGUGGAGGAGCUGCUGUCCCCGGUCUGUCAUGGCGGCCGCUCUGUGUUGGGUUUCGCUGCUUGUGGCCUCCCUGGCCCUUAGCGGGGCUGUGUAUGAGGACCAAGUGGGCAAGUUUGAUUGGAGGCAGCAGUUCGUGGGGAGGAUCAAGUUUGCUUCGCUGGAAUCCGGUUUGGGAGCCAAAAAGCUGAUUGCGGCCACUGACAAGAACAUCAUUGCUGCUCUGAACUCCCGCACUGGAGAUCUUUUGUGGCGCCAUGUUGAUAAGGACACGUCCGAGGGUUCCGUGGAUGCGCUGAUGAUGCUCGGCCAAGAUGCUAUUACGGUAUCCGGGGGCCGCCUGCUGCGCUCCUGGGAGACAAACAUUGGGGCCCUAAACUGGGAGGCUACCCUGGAACCUGGAAGUUUCCAGGCAGUAAGUUUUGCUGGCAGUCAGGAUAUGGCUCGGUAUGUGGCAGUGCUGAAGAAUUCCGUGUUAUCCCUGCACUUUCUCUCCAAUGGACAUCUCAAAUGGUCGGAGUCUCUCCCAGAGAGUGACACUGUGCAGUACCAGCUGCUCCACUCCCCAUACAAAGGUUCUGUCUAUGUGGUCGGACUGGUCCCCCAGAGUCACCUCACUAUCCUCACGUUCAGCGUGGAAGACGGCUCCAUCAGCCACCAGGUUCGGGUAUUAACCCCAUGGCUGCGCACCCUGCAUGGCACUUGUGGGGUAGUCGGAGAAGGUGUGUUGGUUUGUGGCGAUGAACCAAUGGCCUCUGUUCAUGUGGUUUCUCUACUCUCUGGUGAGGAGACAACGCGGCAUUCUCUGCAGUCCCUGGGCAUUGAAUUGGCUGAAGAUCUCACUCAGUUGGACGUAAUUACUGCCCCUCAAAAUGCCAUAGGGGCGAGCCUCCCACAGUUCUUCCUGCAGAUUGCCCCCCGCCGCUUCUUGUUAAUGCAGUACCGCGAUGGAGUCAUCACCCCGCUGCGUGACUUCUCCCAGGUUUCCCUGGUGAACUUUGCUGUCGCAGGAGAGAAAACAGUUGUCGCCGUGAUGCAGUGCAAAAGCGAAGGGAACCAGAAAUCUGGAGCGGAGCCUGAGAAUCCAACAGGACAAAGCUGUGCUCAGGAGCCCUGGUACUGCCCCGGUCACACCUACAGUAUCAAUCUGUACAUGGCUGAUAGCGGCCGGCGCCUGCUGGAGACCACCAUGAGCUUCACCCUGGAUCAGAGCUGUGUGCGACCCGAUUCUUUCUACCUCCAGACAUUCCUGAGAAAGGACGAUUCUGUGGGUUACCGAGCCCUGGUACAGACUGAAGAUAACCAGCUCCUGUUCCUCCAGCAGCCGGGGAAAUUAAUAUGGCUGCGUGAGGAAUCAUUGGCUGAUGUGGUCACCAUGGAAAUGGUCGAUUUACCUCUGACAGGAGCUCAGGCUGAACUGGAAGGGGAGUUUGGCAAAAAAGCAGCUAUACAAGAUGGGCUGCUAGGGAUGGUGCUGAAGCGACUCUCCUCCCAGCUGAUAUUGCUGCAGUCCUGGAGCGCCCACCUCUGGAAGAUGUUCUGUGACGCCCGGAAGCCCCGCAGCCAAAUCCGCAACGAGGUCAAUGUAGACACCCUGGCUAGGGACGACUUCAACCUGCAAAAGAUGAUGGUUAUGGUGACGGCCUCGGGAAAGCUGUUUGGCAUUGAGAGCAGCUCUGGCAGCAUCCUAUGGAAGUUCUACCUGCAGGGAGUGCACCCCGGCUCUUCCUUCAAGUUACUCGUCCAGAGAACAACGGCUCAUUUCCCUCAUCCACCUCAGUGCACCCUGCUGGUCAAGGAUAAGAUAACAGAGAAGAGUGCAAUGUACGUGUUUAACCCCAUCUUUGGGAAGCUGAGCCAGCUGGCCCCCCCGCCCCUGAAUCGCCCCAUCCUGCAGUCUCUGCUCCUCCCCAUCAUGGACAAUGACUACGCCAAGGUCUUGCUGUUGCUGGAUGAUCAGCACAAGGUCAUUGCUUUCCCCGCUACAAAGUACGUUCUGCAGCAGCUACAGGAGCUGGCUCCCACCAUAUUCUUCUAUCUGGUAGAUGCGGAAAAAGGCAAAAUGACGGGCCUGCGGCUGCAUAAGGACCUUUCUACAGAGGAGAUUUGGGAAGUUUUGCUCCCAGCAGACCUGCAGAGGAUCACUGUUAUAAAGGGAAAGCGAUCCAACGAGCAUGUUCACUCCCAAGGGCGUGUAAUGGGCGACCGCAGCGUUCUUUACAAGUAUCUGAACCCCAACCUGCUGGCGCUGGUGACGGAGAGCACAGACACGCACCCCGAGCGCUGCUUUAUAGGGAUUUAUCUCAUUGAUGGGGUCACGGGGCGCAUUAUCCAUUCAUCCGUGCAGAGAAGGGCUCGGGGCCCUGUAGAGAUCGUCCAUUCAGAGAACUGGGUGGUGUACCAGUACUGGAACAGCAAGGCUCGGCGCAAUGAGCUGACGGUUCUAGAGCUUUAUGAAGGAACGGAACAAUAUAACAGCACCAACUUCAGCUCCCUGGAUCGGCCGCUGCUCCCCCAUGUUCUACAGCAGUCCUACAUCUUCCCCUCGGCCAUCCGUGCCAUGGAGGCCACCAUAACCGAGCGAGGCAUCACCAGUCGCCACGUUCUCAUUGGUCUUCCUUCUGGAGCUAUCCUUUCCCUCCCCAAAGCAUUGCUGGACCCACGGCGCCCAGAGAUACCCAAUGAAUACACCAGGGAGGAGAAUCUAAUCCCUUACACGCCAGACAUUCAGAUACACGCCGAACGCUUUAUAAAUUACAACCAGACGAUCUCUCGAAUGCGCGGACUUUACACUGCCCCCUCGGGCCUGGAGUCGACCUGCCUGGUUGUGGCCUACGGAUUGGACAUUUACCAGACACGCGUUUACCCUUCCAAGCAGUUUGAUGUCCUGAAGGACGACUAUGACUACAUCCUGAUCAGCAGCGUCCUCAUUGGCCUGGUCUUCGCCACCAUGAUCACAAAGCGAUUGGCCCAGGUCAAGCUGCUGAACCGCGCCUGGCGCUAAAUCCGUUCCGCACAGCAAGGCCAGAUUCCUCGUUAUCUCACAGCCUCGUUAUGUUGGAUAAAGACCGAUCUCGUUCCACUGUUUGAAUUUCUCAUCGCCUAAUAGGUGGAGACGUUUCUAAUUGGUCGCCGGGUAGAAGCAGGAAAUCUGGGCAACUGAUUCAAAUUGAAUUUCUGUAAAACCGACAUCCGCCGAGGUGCCAUUUAAAUGUCUGGUCUGAACUGAAUCGUGGGUCUAGACUCACUCUGGCUUGGAAAUGGUGUUGCUAUGGGGCUCUGGAUGGCAGCCAU